GCCCGUUAUUAAAAUGAGAAAGUUGGUCUUGAAAGGCAACUCGGCGUUUCAUUGGUCGGUGAGCCGGCAUUGGGACACGCGACAACGAGCUCAUUCUUUCUCGUGCGUUUUCCAACAUCGUCGCAGCCGCGCGUGAACAAGGAAAAAGACCGCUCUCUGUCUUCAAGUUUAAUUUUGUCGAGGUCAGCAGCAGCCAUGCCUUCCGACCUGGCCAAGAAGAAGGCGCAGAAGAAGAAGGAAGCCGCCAAAUCCCGCCAGAAGACAAAAAAAACUGAGGAUGGAGAGGGAGAGAGACCAGAGGAAGGCCAGGAGAAUGGAGCCAUAAGCAACGGUGUGGAAAGCCUGACCAAGGAGAUGGAUGAGUUUGAGCUGAAGAAGACUGAGGCGCGGGCGGUGACUGGCGUGCUGGCUUCGCACCCCAACAGCACAGAUGUGCACGUCACCAGCAUGUCGCUCACCUUCCAUGGGCAGGAGCUGCUGCAGGACACCAGCUUGGAGCUCAACUCGGGCCGCCGCUACGGCCUCAUUGGCCUCAACGGCACUGGUAAAUCCAUGUUGCUGGCAGCCAUUGGCCACCGUGAGGUACCUAUCCCAGAGCACAUUGACAUCUACCACCUGACCCGUGAGAUGUCUCCCAGUGAGAAGACUGCCCUGCAGUGUGUCAUGGAGGUGGACGCGGAAAGGAUCCAUCUGGAGAAGGAGGCAGAGCGCCUGGCAUCCGAGGACUCCGAGUGUGAGAAGCUGAUGGAGCUUUAUGAGCGCCUGGAGGAGCUGGACGCAGAUAAGGCUGAGGUGCGGGCCUCCCAGAUCCUCCACGGCCUGGGCUUUACCGCCUCCAUGCAGCAGAAGAAGCUUAAGGACUUCAGCGGAGGCUGGAGGAUGCGCGUUGCUCUGGCCAGGGCCCUGUUCUUGAAGCCGUUCAUGUUGCUGCUGGAUGAGCCCACCAACCACUUGGACCUGGAUGCCUGUGUGUGGCUGGAGGAAGAGCUUAGCCAAUUCAAACGUAUUCUGGUCCUGAUCUCCCAUUCGCAAGAUUUCCUCAACGGCGUGUGCACCAACAUCAUGCACUUGCACGAGCGCAAGCUGAAAUACUACACGGGCAACUACGACCAGUACAUUAAGACCAGGGAGGAGUUGGAAGAGAACCAGAUGAAGAGGUUCAAUUGGGAGCAGGACCAGAUCAAACACAUGAAGAACUACAUUGCCCGGUUUGGGCACGGCUCAGCCAAGCUGGCUCGCCAAGCCCAGAGUAAAGAGAAGACUCUGCAGAAGAUGGUGGCCUCGGGCCUGACUGAGAGUGUUAAGAAUGACCAAACCCUGUCAUUUUGUUUUCCUCCCUGUGGGAAGAUUCCCCCUCCUGUCAUCAUGGUCCAAAAUGUCAGCUUCAAGUACUCUGAUGACCAGCCCCAUAUAUACAAGAACCUUGAGUUCGGUAUCGACCUCGACACCCGAGUGGCCCUUGUGGGGCCCAACGGGGCCGGGAAGUCCACCCUGCUUAAACUCCUCAUGGGAGAGCUCCUCCCCACUGAUGGAAUGAUCCGCAAGAACUCCCACGUCAAGAUUGGCAGAUAUCACCAGCAUCUAACAGAGCAGCUGGAACUUGACCUCUCCCCCCUGGAUUACAUGAUGAAGUGUUACCCGGAGAUCAAGGAGAGGGAGGAGAUGAGGAAGAUCAUUGGCCGCUAUGGGCUGACAGGCAAACAGCAGGUGAACCCCAUUAGAAACUUGUCCGACGGGCAGAAGUGCCGGGUGUGCUUUGCCUGGCUGGCCGGGCAGAACGCCCACAUGCUCUUCUUGGACGAGCCCACCAAUCACUUAGAUAUCGAGACCAUCGAUGCCCUGGCUGACGCCAUCAACGAGUAUGAGGGUGGCAUGAUGCUGGUUAGCCACGACUUCCGGCUCAUCCAACAGGUGGCCCAGGAGAUCUGGGUGUGCGAAAAGCAAACCAUCACCAAAUGGAACCGGGACAUCUUGGCUUACAAAGACCAUUUGAAAAAGAAGAUCGACAAAAAUUCUCAUGGUGUAUAGAAAAUUGAAAUACCUCCCCAGAUUCAAGACUGCACUGUCCCAAGACUGUGGACUCCCAUUUUUCCCAUUCCCUCUUCACGUGGCUAUAUAACUCGACGCAUCUUACUCCAUUUCAAGAUGCCCAAUUCCUCCUGCUUUUAAUGCCUCUUUAUGGCUGCUGGAAGGUUGUGGUGCGACCUAGUUGCCUUCCAUUGCUACCCCCUUUACAGGCAUACUUAUGGUAUCUUGAUUUCUCAGUUAAAAUAAAUAAUUUAUCCGUCAGUGGUAGAGACCACGUGCAUUUUUCCACAGUUCUGAUAUAGUAGGAUGUUAGCCGCCUGUACCAACUUAUUUCCUUUUACUCUAAAAUAGCUUUUUAUUAUUUAACUGUACCUGCAAUAAUGAGAUUGUAUGAAUAAAGGAGCAAAAUAACUGA